UUUAGUUGGUUAUGGUCAUUCGACAAAAGAUCAAGGUAACAAAUGGUGUUCUCGAGGCGAAUGAUCAGAACUAGCUGUCUAUCUCAAUCUGGAUAAUUUGUUUUCUUCAACGUCUUGAAAUGGAAGACCUGCGACCUUAUGUUCAUUAUUAUUUGUUGUCGACUGCACUGUACACUUUCCUUUAUUACCUCGUUGCUGAAAGAUUGCUACCGAAGUUGAUUCCGGCCUAUAGCAAGCUGACAGUGGAUCAAACUAAAGAAUGGGUGUCGAACACCGCUUCAAUAGUGACAUCACUGAUAUGCGCAGUGGGAACAGUUAUGGGUCUGGGUAUGCAGCUGGAGGGGAAUGUGAAGUUCACUAUUCUACAGGUGCUAGUGACUGCCAUGACUGGCUAUUGGGUAUCUGACACCAUCUUCAGGAUGAACAAUCUGCACGUACUAAAGAACAGACGUUUUCAGUACUUCUUAGUGUUUCACCAUUUAUUGGGAAUCAUUGCAAUUCAGAUAGCAGUGCUGCACCGCGAAAUGAUGGAUGCGAAGCUGGUCUUUAUCCUGAUGGAGGUGGGCAGUCUGUUCAUCAAUGUGCGCUUCUGUCUGCUGGACCUGAACUUCGACAGGAGCCACCCAGUGUACGAGAGGGUGUCCCACUGCAUGAUAGCCACCUUCUUCCUCACCAGACUCCUCCCCGUGCCAUACAUGUACCACGAAGGGUAUAAAUGUGUAUGGCUGGUAGAAACAUGCAGUGCUGCAUGCAGACCCUUCAUCACGUUCAAUUCUGUCCUAUACACCAUCUUCACUAUUUUAAAUUGCUACUGGUUCUACGUCAUGGUCAUAGGACUGGUCAAACACAAUAUGCUCAAAACAAUCAUCGGAAGUGAAACAACUGAAGCUGCACAGAAGUGCACACAGAAGAACGAUGGUAGUAUAGACGAUCUUGUAACAGAUAGUAGACAAACAGCCGACAUUGCUAACAGCGUAAACAACCAUACUAACAGAUCCUCUGAAACAACACAACAGUGUAUGGGUUUCAAGAACUUGGAGGAUGGAAUUCAAUUUAGAGACAACUCAGAUUCGAUUUUUUCGGUAGAAAAUCAGCCAAUCACGGUGAAAAGGGUGGCAGCCAAUCAGAUUCGCGAUCGAGUAGCGCUAGAAAGCAACGGAGUUGAAAAUAUUUCGGUUGACAAAAACGGCAACAGUUAUUUGAUAGAGGAUCAACUGAAACACAGAAAUCCUGGUAGGGCGUACGCAUAUUAUGAAUAAGUGAAGUUGCUCUGUCGCAAUUUUCUUCCAAAUGAGAAAAAAUACCUGUGGUUUUUGGCGAAAAAGCAGGAGUUGAAAUGAAAAUGAACAUUAAUUGAAUGAUUUUGACCUCAUUAUGAUUCUUUUUACAGUAGUUUGUACCGAGCUAAUUAAUGAAAAGUAAUUUGACCUGGCGCUUUGAAUUAACGUGCAAUGCAUGCUUGUUCUGUAUGCCUAAAAUUAUAUCAUCUCUUGUGCAGUCAAUUGUGUCCGAAUUCUCUCGUCCUGUCUCGUCUCAUAGCGAGUGUCGUUCUUGGAAUUCUCCUGCCAAAAUUUGUUUGCUGCGUUGCGUAUUAGAUGCGUACUCUUGUGCAUUCUCUAUAUUUAUAGCAAUUCAGCAUAAUUUAUAAUGACUGAUGUUUAUCAGAUUGGAUCAUUUAGCUAUCAGGAUGUUAAUUUUCCACUUUAUUUAUUCUUAGUUAAGCGAGAAACAAGCUAAUUGAGAAAGUGUCUCAGCAUGAAAAUGAUAAUCCACAGCGUAGAUUUUGCAGGGUAGCAGUAUUGUGAGCUAGUAAUUUGAAAUAAUUCAGCCGUGGUGACAUUGACAAGUUUCAUUAGAUAGGGUCUAUAUUUGGUUUUAUUACUUGAACACCAUUCAUAUUACUUUAGCUAGAAAACGUCCCGGGGCGGAAUCCGGAGUCUGAGAUUACUAGACAGCGAUAAAUUGUUUUUGAAGAAGGCUUUGCUCCGUACUUAUUUAAAGGUUGAACAUUUUUUUGAAAUGAACUUAUUUCUAUGAACUUACCAAAACAAAAAUUCACUGAGUAUUCAGGAAGUUUUGUCAAUGUCACGAAAUGUUGCACCAAGUAUCAAAAUGUUCAUCAAUAUAUGCUGUCAUUGUAUCCUUAGUUGGUUUCAUAGAUUGAAACACAUGAAGUUAAGCAGUUACUUGUUAAACUUCACCUCUGCAGAUUUCGCUGAUAACGUUGAGAGCACUAGUUCUAGUGGAUUUUUUGGAAUUGUAUUGUAGAUUUAGCAUAGAUUUAUUAGAAAAUAGCUGGACUGGCAACCAUAAUUGAAUGGUUUUCUCACCAGAUUUUAUUGCUAAGACUUUUUUUUGCAAAAAGCGUUCUUAUUUCGGAUGCCCUUACCAAUUGCAGAUGAUAAUUACUUGAUUUCAUUUAGAAGUAUUGCAAAAGUGAUAUUUAAUUGAGUUUAAAUGAUAUUUGAUUAAAUAAAGAAACUUUUUUCA